UUUCACAUAAAUUGGCACCUUUUUUUACCUUUUUUUGAAAAGGUAAUUUUGUACUGAUUGUAAGAACUCGAAUAUUGUGUGAAAACAAAGCGAAAAUUAUUGGACUGAAAACAAGGAAAGGUAAGAAACAACAAUUGAGGUUAUGAAUACGUGCAUAGCAUAAUUCUAUUUUUUAUUAGAUGUGCGAUAAAAACAAGGAACGUUACGUAAUUAUUCGUUUUACGAACGAAAAUUCAAAUUCUAGUAGAAUUUUUGAUUUGGUCCCACUCUCGUGGGUGCACGGAGAUGAAGAGAACAGAUAUACCUGCCUAUUCCCAGGUCCGUGCGAUUACAACCACAUAGACAGCUGGUUAUUAUCUUCGAAAGAGCCCGAGCAACAUUGGGAAUCUUUUACAAUAGAAGUCAUUGCAAAAGACUUGAAACAAGGGAAAAGGCGGCUCAAGCGAGCCUUGAAGUCCGAUAAAAUUAAAUGCACUGAUGGCGGAUGUGAUGAAGACCAACCUAUUAAAAUGUCCACAGAUGCCCUCGAAAAAAGUUUGAAUGCUGUAAAACCCUUCCAACACUGUAGGAUAUGCUCGGCGGAUGAACCAACGGAGCAAACAGUAGAGAUAAAGGAUAUUCCUUUUUUAGAACAAACUGCCGCGAUAGAUAUAAUAAAUCUAUCACCAAUUUCAGAGAAUGUUUUCGUUCGGAAGGAAUACAUAGAUCACAAGUUUGAACAACUGCAAGAAGCAAUAUUAAGUCAAAUAAAGUCUGCCAAAAGAAGCAUCAUAUACGACUUGGACAAAAAAAUUAACAAAAUUAAACAUACAAUUGUAUUAAACAGUCCAACAGGAAAUACGGCACAAGGUGGUGUAGAGAAAAUCAAAAGCGACUUCGAAAUAAUUUUGCCCACAUUGGAGGAUUUUUUGCAACUUGAAAAUUUAUUAAUUUCGAAAAAAUUCUGAAAGCAAAAGAGAAUCAUUGAUGUCACUGUUCCGUAUUUUAAUUGCUGGUGAUGCAGUCGUAAAAGACAGCAUUGCUAAAGCUUUAGAAUCAGUGAUGGUCAAAGCGGUCGAAUUGCAAUAUUCGGGAACUGGAAAAGUAAAUAAAGGUCACGAAAAAAGAAAUUUUAGUGCGACAAACUCAUAUCUAUGUUUAAGAGAUACUUUGACUGAAAAAUAUGGAAAUACCCUGGAUGUAAAAAAAUUACCAGGCCAGGUGGGCAUGUGGCUGUCCGGAGCUGGCGACAGAAAAGGCCGAAAACAACAAGAAAAAAAUGUAGAUAAUGUAUAACAACUUCAGUCCUACUUAAAAAGCGUUGAACAAGAAAUACAAUAUAUAUAUAUAUAUAUAUAUAUAUAUAUAUAUAUAUAUAUAUAUGUAUCUAUAUAUAUAUAUAUACUAUGUAAUGUAAGAGUUAA